UAGAGUACAUUACUGUGUAUAAUACAUUAAGCACACAGCUGUAUAUAGAGUACAUCACUGUGUAUAAUACAUUAAGCACACAGCUGUGUAUAGAGUACAUUACUGUGUAUAAUACAUUAAGCACACAGCUGUAUACAGAAUACGGCGUCGCUCUGUGUAUAACACAUUAGGCUGUGUAAUUCUUGCUAUAACAAGCACAUUGUGACUAUUUGUGCUUUACUGUCUAGGGGCCUUUAAUGUAAAAACUGAGGCUGCAUCAAGAGCCGAUAAACAGGAGCGGCAUAUGAGGGAACCACAAGACAUGCAGCACAAUGAGAGUGUUACCGAUAUGAUCAUGAGUGCCUAUACGGACACCACUCACAGGAAUAAUAAACCAGAGCGGCAAAUGAGGGAACCACAAGACACAAGUGUUACCAAUAUGAUCAUGAGCACCUAUACGGACACCACUCACAGGAGUAAUAAACCAGAGCGGCAUAUGAGGGAACCACAAGAUACGCGGCACAAUGAGAGUGUUACCAAUAUGAUCAUGAGCACCUAUACGGACACCACUCACAGGAGUAAUAAACCAGAGCGGCAAAUGAGGGAACCGCAAGGCACGAGUGUUACUGAUAUGAUCAUGAGCGCCUAUACGGACACCACUCACAGGAGUAACAAACCAGGUGCAAGCUCAAGUAGCUUUGAAGAUUACCCCAGCACCUUCAGUGAAGACAAAAAGAAUAAUUACUCUAGUACCUUCCUGGACCCUGCUACAAAGCCUCUGCCCCACAAUGAACCUACUAUCAACUCUUAUCAACUUCCCUCCACAAAUACAUGCACAGAAAACUCACCAAAUACCUUUGAAAAGGUUUUCACAGACUCCUGUAAAGACAGCAACUUUAUGAGCACAUAUUCCAGUGCAUUUACAGAGACCUGCCCAAUUAUCCCUACAAGUACCUGCCAGAGUACCCUGCUAAGUAGCAUCACAGAUACCUAUCAAAACACCUGCCCAGAUGACUUGCCUGUAAUACAGAUUAAGCAAGAAGGUUCUCAGAUGGAGCUAAAUUCUUGGCAUUGGACGGUUGAAGAUUGUGUCACCUCACAGAAUUCUUCAGCAGGGGAAGCACAGCUAUUUGGCAGGAAACCCGGCAAAUCAGCCAGAAAAUCCCCCACUUGUAAAACCCUUACUAAAGAGAAUGAUGAAGUGUUGGGUCCUUUGACUGUGUCAGCUGAAAGCCUUCACCCUGAGCACAGGACAAAGAGCUUAAUGUCCAGUGAGAACAACAGACGAUGUUCCAGCAAGACGGACAGCCGGCCUCUGCACAGGAAGCUGUCCUGGAAGAAGCCCUACGAGUGCCUAAGAUGUGAUAAGAGUUUUAAGUGCAGGUCGCACCUAGUUAUGCAUCAGCGAGUCCACACUAGAGAGCGGCCCUAUGUGUGCACAGAGUGUGGGAAAAGCUUUACUCAGAGCUCCAAUCUCUUCAGACACCAGCGUGGUCAUAGGGGUGAGAGGCCGCACGCAUGCACAGAGUGUGGCAAGACCUUCACGCACAGCUCCUACCUUCUGAUCCAUAUCAGGACACACACUGGGGAGAAACCUUACUCUUGCAGGGUUUGUGGCAGUUGCUUCCGAGUUAAAUCUGCCCUGGUUAGACAUGAAAGAGUUCAUAUGGCGGAGAAACGGUAAAAGUGCCCAAAACCAUAACCCUUUUUUCUGGUUAUUCUGGGAUCUCCAGCCAUGAGAGACCCUCUACGUUAAUAAGUUUGACUUUUUUCAGACGUCCUGGCAACCCCCUCCCCCCCCAAGUUUUGGUCAUUACUAAAACAGCACUUUACAUAAUUCUUGUAUCUGGUUACAAAUUUAGAUCCAAGCUCCUGUUCCCCCAUCUCCUGUGCAGUUGUCUGAAGAGUAUGCUCUGCUACAUGACUGCAGGAUCUGCUUAUAUGAUGGAUAUUGCUAACCUGGCCCCAAAUAGUUAUAAUGUAUUCCUUUUCUCUUUAGGCAGCUUGUAAGCAAACUAAUCUUGGUGAAUCUCAACACUUAUUUAAUCAAAUUCACCCCCUCACACGUACCUUGUCUGACUUCCCAUCCUGGACCGUCCUUCGUUACCAUUGGAUAUAAAAUUCCUGAGGCAGCUGUGUAACUGUUCUCAGAUUACUGUGUUUUGUAGUAGGAUAACGUAACUUUUAUUACAUAUAUAUAUAUUAAAUGUAAAGGGAGCUUAAGAAUAAACACAUUAUUGUG